CUACCCCCCUUAGUAAAACAUUCUUUGCCAUGUUGGCAUUCAGCCGGCGAUAAGAGAAGAAAAGCUAGGGAGAGUAAUAUCUCAAAACUCCCAUACUUGUUGAUAGUCUAAUCUUGUAUUACUCGUAUGUAAGAAUGCAUGAUGGGGGCGCUACAAGUACGACUACGAUAUUUGCUAACAUUUUUAUCUCUUUUAUUGGUGCUGGCAUACUGGGAAUGCCUUAUGCCUUCAAAGUGGCUGGUGUCGUCGAAGGUUGUGUCAUUAUGGCUUUAGUAGGGAUCAUAAGUGUCAGAGCAAUGCUUCUUAUUGUUGAUUGCAAAAACAAAUUAGUCAGUAUCAAUUGGUCAAGGGGAAAAUCUAUAUUAACCAAAGCAAAGGAAAAGAUAUCAGAAGAAAAAGAACCAUUUUCUAUUCAAGAUGGUGCUAAUUUAGAAGCAAUUAUGCAACAAGAACGUGAAAUAGACUAUGGUGAUUUAGGUUUUGUUUCUCUUGGUUUGACUGGAAAGGCAAUAGUUGAUAUAAGUAUAGUUGUCUCUCAAAUAGGCUUUUCCUGUGCGUACCUUAUCUUCAUAUCUGAGAACAUUGCAGAUAUGACGUCUGAUCGCUUCUCAAAAAAUACUGUUCUCUUGACCUUGUUACCACCUUUGCUGGUCCUAGUGAACUUUAGACAUCUAAAGCGCCUUGCCAUUUUUAGCAUGUUUGCAGACUUUGCAAAUGUUUUUGCGUAUUGUGUGGUCUUUUGGUUUGAUUUUGAACACUUUGAUAGAGUCAAACUUCACCCAAAACUAGCAAACAUAAGUGGCUUGCCAUUUUUCUUGGGGAUUGCAAUUUAUUGUUAUGAGGGUGCUGGUAUGGUGCUGGCACUAGAAGCAUCCUGUGCAAAGACAGCCAGAUCAAAAUUUCGAAGUAUUUUAAAGUUUACACUGACCUUAGUAACAUUACUAUCCAUGGUUUUUGGCAUUUGUGGAUACUUGUCUUAUGGUAUUAACACGAAUAACAUCAUAACAAUCAAUUUACCUAAAGGACCAUUUCCUUAUAUAGUCAGAGGCUGCCUGUGUUUUUCCCUUUUCUUUACUUAUCCAGUUAUGAUGUUCCCUGCUGUUGCAAUACUCGAGAAGCAAAUCUUUAAUAAUGGCAAAAUCUACUACUAUUAUGGGACUCUAAUAAGAGCUGGUGUGGUAGUGGCAAGUCUUGUUAUUGUGCUUAUCAUCCCAAACUUCUCCAUACUGAUGGCAUUGGUUGGUUCCAGUUGCUGUACACUCCUCUCUUUCAUCUUACCUGCAUUGUUCCAUUUACAGAUAUUUAAAGGUGAACUUACAUUUGUCCAGAAAACAGAGGAUUGCAUUAUAAUAUUUGUAGGAAUAAUGGGAACCCUGAUAGGAACUCAUGAUGUAAUACAAAGAAUAUUAGAGCAGUGAAUUCUGAAAGAUAAAUUGUGGUAACCUUACGCUCUAUGUACAGCGAAUUAUACUACCCAAGCAUUCACACAAGGGAUCAAAUAUUAUUUGAAUGAUGACUUCAGUAACACAAGGCUAUGAUAUUCAAGGUUAAAAGUUUAAAGAUAUAUAUUUCAUCCAUACUGCCAGAAUGGAAUCACCAUUUGUAAAUUAAGCGUUAAGGCAGGGAGGAUUUCUCUUUUCGACACUUAUUUUCAGAAAAUUAAAAUCAUUAGUCGGAAAUGUGAAACCAUGUUCUGUUGUUGUAAAGGAACUAGAUUAGUUAUAAAUCAAAGGCUGCCAAGCAACGGUUUUUACGAUAGAUUAUGUGGUAUGUUUUAUAUCCUAGCAUCUUUAGGAAGACUCUUUCGUUUCACUCUCAAUGCAGUGGGUAACAGCUGGAAUUUAAUAUGUUUUCUCGGGAGUAAGCUUGGCGAUCUGCCUCUGUCAUUAUUGGUAAUAAUUGCACAUUGCUUUUGAUAAACAAUUCAAUAAUCAGUUCCAAACCAUUCCGACAAAUGUUCUAUUAUAGUUGAGAUCAGAGUUGAGAUAAGACAAAACAAAGGGUUAUGCCGGCAUGGGAUUGCAAGCUAAAUACGAAGAUUAACUUUAUAUUUUAUGUUAAGCUAUGGCGUUUUGGGGUACGAAAAUGAGAUGCCAUUUGAUUUUAAAAAAGUAAUUCGCUGUCAGCUAUCAAGGAUUAAUGGGAUGAUGUAUCACAAGUAUUGCGCAAUGUCAUUUUUGAGAAACUAAAAACUCGAAUAGUUAGGGCGGUUCGUGCAUCUCCUUGAAAACUCCUGGGAUUUGACUUUUUUGGUUAAUUCUUGAAAGUGCAAAUGUAGUUGUUGUGACUUGGAAGCUGAGACCACAAGCUUUUUUGGAAAAACACUUGAAAAAAGAAUCUAUUUUUCUCGAAAAAGGAAGGGGCACACCAGUAGGACGUCCGCAAAAAAAAACAUCACUGAACUACUCAGGAUAACCAACAUAUGAACCUCCCAAAUUAAGAAAUAAAAAAUAUAUAUUAACUAUUUUGAUAUAAACUUGGCAAAAUCCAGUUUUGACUGCCUGUGUUUUGGUAAGAUAUGAUACGUUUACAACAUUCAAAAGGGCUUUAUUUACAUGUAAACGGCACUCAAAACGUACCUCGUAAUCCAAAUUUCCACUAAAUUUGGUCUCGGUUUUUCAACUCAACAACAAUUCUGCAAUAUCUUAAUAGAUAUUCAAUAAUUUUAGGGUAAAGAAAGGCGGUUUUUAAUGGUAUUGUCAUAAUUUGUAAAUAAUUUAAUAUAGGAAAGCCUCAAAAGAUAUAUCGUAUAUUCUUGUAACAUGCUAUAUCUUUUGUAAUAAAAUAAAGGCAUUGAAUGAAGACAACUG